ACUUGUUAUUUCUGCAUUUAUCGAAGCACUAAAAGAUUCCUUGUGGAAGUAAAAUUUUUAUGAAAAAAAGUGCAUAUGAUAGGGCCAUUGCACCCUGUAAAAGCCACAUUAAAAAUACACAAACACAGUGUAUGCUUUCUCCUGCUAUAAAAAUAGAGCUGUUAUAAGCUUAAAACUACAUAAGCAAGGGUAGUAGCCAGCCCCUCUUACAUUCACUUGGGUUUAUUUUUUGAUUUUUUUUUUAAAAGUCUCUAAAUUCUAGUUCCAUGGCUCCUGUACCUAGUUUUCAUAUCAAAGCUGGUCAUAUUGAUGAUGUUCAAGAACUAAGAAAGGCUAGGCCAACAGCAAUCCCUCAUAGAUUUGUUAGGGACAUAGCAGAAAGGCCUAUACUGGCUACACCUCUACCAUCUGUCAUUGAUGUUCCCAUUAUUGAUUUCUCAAAACUAAUGAAGGGCCAAACUGAAAUUUUCCAGCUUGCAAGAGCCUGUGAGGAGUGGGGAUUUUUUCAGGUGAUUAACCAUGGAAUUGAUUUGAGUUUGCUAGAGGACAUAGAAGAAGUAGCUAAGGACUUUUUUAUGCUACCUUUAGAGGAGAAACAGAAAUAUCCAAUGGCACCAGGGACUGUUCAGGGAUAUGGACAAGCCUUCGUGUUUUCUGAGGAACAAAAGCUUGAUUGGUGUAACAUGUUUGCUCUAGGGAUCGAACCCCACUUUAUUAGGAACCCUAAAUUAUGGCCAACAAAGCCACCCAAGUUCAGUGAAACUGUGAAGGUUUAUUCAAGAGAAGUGAGGAAGUUAUGUCAGAAUCUGUUAAGGUACAUAGCUUUGACCCUUGGGUUGAAAGAAAAUGUUUUUGAGGAAAUGUUUGGAGAAGCAGUGCAAGCAAUCAGAAUGAACUAUUAUCCACCAUGUUCAAGACCAGACCUUGUUUUAGGGCUAAGUCCACAUUCAGAUGGAAGUGCUCUAACUGUGUUGCAGCAAGGAAAGGAUAGCUCAGUAGGACUUCAAAUCCUUAAAGACAAUAAGUGGGUUCCUAUUCAGCCAAUUCCAAAUGCAUUAGUAAUCAACAUUGGUGACACUUUAGAAGUUCUAACAAAUGGAAAAUACAAGAGUGUGGAACAUAGGGCAGUGACUCAUAAGGAAAAAGACAGGCUUUCUAUUGUCACUUUCUAUGCUCCAAGCUAUGAAGUAGAGCUUGGCCCAAUGGAAGACCUGGUGGAUGAUAAUAACCCCUGCAAGUAUAGAAGAUACAGUCAUGGAGAGUACAAUAAACACUAUGUAACUAACAAGUUGCAGGGCAAAAAAACCCUAGAAUUUGCCAAGAUUAAAAGCAAAAUAUCUAGUUAAAAAGGGCCCCACUUGGUUCCUCAUCUCGAGGCAUUUAAAUAGUUUCCAUUAGAUUUUUAACACACUGUUGUUAGUGUUUCAGUUUCUCUGUUGUGUAGAACAUAUAUGCAAGGUUAAAAUAACAGUGUUAAAAACCUAUAUUUGUAUUAAGAUACCAAUUUUCUUGUCAAA